AUGUCCGAGGUCAUCAAGACAGAGGAGCCGAUCCCGGCCGACCAGCACGAACAAGACGGCGAGAUGGCUGGAACUGAGGAGGAAGAGAUUUCGGCCAUGAAGGCUCGCGUGGCUGAGAUGGAAGAGGAGGCCAAGAAGCUCCGGGAGAUGCAAGCCAGCCUGGAGCAGCAGUCGGCCAGUCUCGCCGAUGACAAGGAAUCGGUGGAUGCGCGCAGCAUCUUCGUCGGAAACGUCGACUACUCCGCGUCGCCCGAAGAGAUCCAGGCACACUUUCAGAGCUGCGGCUCCAUCAACCGCGUGACGAUCCUCCUCGACAAGUUUUCCGGACAACCAAAGGGAUACGCCUACGUCGAAUUCACGGAACCGAGUCUUGUCGCGCAGGCGCUUGUCCUCAACGAGAGCGUCUUCAAGGGCCGCAACAUCAAGGUGACGCCGAAGCGCACCAACGUUCCGGGCAUGGGUCGUGGCCGCGGUCGCGGCGGCUUCCGCGGCGGCAGAGGAGGCUUCGGCCGCGGCGGCUUUCCUCCUCGGGGAGGGUACCGAGGCGGCGGCCGGGGCCGGGGCCGGGGUUUCGCGCCUUACUAG